AACUAAUCCAUCUGAGUUCUCUGCAGCACCUCUUGAUCCUCUCUACUGAUUCCUCAGAAGUGGACAUUGAGUAUUUUGAAGAAUUAGUGACCACUCAAUUUCUUGACAGAUCCUUAAGUAAGGUGCCCUCAUGCUGUGCUGAAAUGACUUGAGAUAAAAGUCCAGAUGCCUAUUUGCUUAUCCAUUUGAAAGAAACACUAAUUCAAUAUUUAUUGAUAUAUCUGAAGAUAAGCUUCUAAAUCUGUUAUUAUUGUGUGAUUUGACGGAAAAACCUCUUUAACACCCCUGCCUUUUUUAUUGGGACUUCAGAAAAGGUGUGUUUUGUGGAAAGUGUCAGUUUUAACUGCAGUGGUUUGUUUUUUACAUAGCCAGGGGAUUUAUGAUUCGUGUGUGUUAGAUCAUCUCUUCUGUGGAAGAAGAAACAUGUAGAACUUGAUGAAGUCUUCAUGAAAUUUGUUUAUCUACACUCUGAUUAGAGUGACAAAACCUCCUUUAAAUGUGACCCCAAUUUGGAGGGGUUUUCUGCUAGUGUGUGUGUGAUUUUUUGUCAGAACACUUCUGAAGUGAAUUAAAAAAACAGCCAUUGUGAUAAAGUUUGAAUGUAUAUUGAACCAUUGAACGCAAUGGAUAUUGUUCCCCAUAUAUAGGGGGAAGCUACAUUGAAAGAGGGUAGAUUUCAUGGCAGGCUGUUCAUUAUGAAGAUUGGGAAUAUUCAUGUACAUGUUUAUGUGUACAUUGCUAUUGUUAUGGUUUUGUUUGAUAGCUGCCAAAACAGACGACAAUGCAAAGUCACUGCCAGCACCUACACAUUCAGACAAGACCCAUGUCCCAAAACAUCCAAAUAUCUCAAAGUUUCCUACAAAUGUAAUCCAAGCGACUUUUCUAACAUGACUGUCUGUGAUGGGAAGCAGAUGAUUAUAAGGUGCCAAAAGCCGCUGAAAAUCGUCAUCAGUGAUGCCAUAUAUGGAAGAUUACCACAGGACACAUCUCUGUGUUCUGGUAACAUCCCAGCAGACUGCCGGUCCAAUACUGCUGUGGAGAAAGUAAUGAAGAAGUGUCAUGGCCGCAAUCGCUGUGCCAUAGAUGUGGAGGAGUAUGUGUUCGGCAAUCCCUGCCCCCCAGAAAUUCCUAAAUACCUCAAAGUCAUUUAUACAUGUGUACCGAAAAAAAUACUGAAGCACAACAUACGGCAUAGAAAGAACCGCAAGAAAAAGGAGCGAACCACAGCAACUAGUGUGAAUAAUACAGAUAUCAACAUUCCAAAGCUCACCACAUCUAAACCAGACUCUAAUAUGUAUCCCAAAGACCAAGAGAGAAAUAAGGAUAAUACUGAUAGCAGUAAUGGGGAUCAAGACUCCAAGAUGGAGGGAAAUGACACAACACAUUGCGUAAACUAUACUCUAGCACCACCAGAACCAGUGGUGCCAUCUACCAGCAGGAAAGGCUCAGCGACAGGCCUGGUUGUGGAUUGGCUGAACACCUUUAACUUCUUUGAAAAGAACAGAGAAAAAGCCUUGUUAUACCUGAUAUUAGGCAUCUGUGUCGGUGUCAUUAUAUUCCUACUCGUGAUAGUGAUCAAACUUGUGAUAAUUAAUAAACAAAAGAGGCGGGCUACUUUGGAUGUGACAGACCCAGCUCACAGUAACACACAACCCCCGCCUCUUGAAAGCAAUGUAGAGACACCCAUGCUUUCGAGACAUGAUUCAAUGGACAGAAUCGAGGUUGUGAGGUUCGAGCCUCGAAGGACAAUAGCUCGAGCGAGUUUAAUUGACAAUGGAGACAGAACGUUAAAUCAUUAUUAUGGAUGACAAUUCUUUGAUACGCAAUAGGUUUUUUUUUUUUUUUAGAAUGAAUUUUUUUAACAUUGUUAAUACUACAAGGUGCUAUAUGUUGUUUUGUAUCUUUUAGCUGCUGAAUUUUUUACUCUGUUGAUAUUUUUUAUAUAAUCUGAUUCCUUGUUGAUCUUGAAAUACAGUCAAGUUUUAUUAAUCUGAACUAAUUAUUUCUGGGUAAAUCGUCUGGAUUAACAAAGCACCCAGAUUAACUAGGCUCCACUGUAAUUUAAUGUGGAACAUGGAUAAACUGCAAGAAUAAGUCAUAAAUAACACACAGUUUUACCCAAAAUAUACAAUUAAGUUACAAAUUUAUUUUAGGUCAUUUUGAAUUUGUUAAUAUGGCAUUUAUUUGAAUGUAGAUAAAAAAAAGUAGAAAGCUUGAAAUGAAUGUCCAAUGUCCACUAAUUAAAGAUUUAUCAAUAGUGCUAAAACCAAAUAAUGUUAAAAGCAUACCCAUAGGUAAGAUAAAAACUACAGAUUUCUUAAACUCACUAUAAGUCAUGCAUAUCACAUAUCUUUUUUUUUUUAAUUGUUUGAAAUUAGUGUUCACUAGUGGUUACUUUUUUAUGCAAGAUUAUGGCAAACACUUCUUUUCCACACUCAUAUAGGGCAUGAAGUGAGAUUUUUACAAAUUUAUAACAGCUAGGGCAAAAUUUCCUCUUGGGAAAUUUGACAUUUAAUGCUUUUUCUUUAGUUUGAAAAACCUGUAAAGGAAGAAAUUAAUUUUUAUGUUGCUAAAAAUAAUCAAAAUUUUAUUGACACAAGAGUUUUACGGCAAAGAAGGUUUAAUUUGAUUAAAUGAUGAAAAUGCAUGUUCAAGAUACAAAUGAAUCUCUUCCAGAUCUGAAUAAAAUGCUGUGAUACACAAUAACUAGGAUAAAAUUACUGUGUGGGAUUUAUAAAAAAAUAAUUCUGUUUACCAUUGGAAAUUUUCUAUUGAAUUUUAUAUAGAUCAUGAUCCAUUUCUAGUCAUUGUGAAGAUUAAGGGGUGAGCUUUAAUUUCUGUAAAUACAUGGUCAGGUUACAUAUGUACAUAUAUUGUGUAUUAUACAUUAUUUAUAACCUGUCAGUUGCAAUAAACAUUGUAUUUUUUUUUCUGUUUUGUAAACACAUUUUAACAAGUAUGUGUAUCUAUUGUGCUUAUUCAGAACAUUUUGAUCGUAUAUUUUUAUCGCCAAAUAUCCUGCAUUUUUAUGUAUUUUUU